CUCUGAGGCAGAGACUGCUGCCUACAUCCUAUUGCAGAAGAGGAAGAGGAAGCCCAGGGUGGUUAGUGGUCUUACAUGAGGGUUCACAGCCAGGAAACUGCAGAGCAGAGCAUGAAACCCCGAAGUCCCACUGAAGGGUGUGAUGUUACUAAGUGGAUGAGUUGGGAGGUUGAGGAUCCAAAAGACCCCUCAGCUGCUGCUCCCUGACCUGCCUUCCUUGAUUCUCAUGGUCCCCAUGGAGCAGGCUCAGGCCCCCUGGGUCUCUCAGCGGGCUGGGAGGAGCUGUGGGAUUGGACAGGUCAGCUUCCCUUCCUUCCCUGCUGGGAGCUCCCAGAACCACCUCUUAAGCUGCUCUGGAGGGGACAGAGGUGAAAAGCAGACCUCUGAGGGGCCAGCUCCACACUCUGGACAGCAGGGUCCGUUGCCCAGGACCCUGAGCCCACACUAAGACGGACAGGGAGACGGCUGCUCAGCCGAGGGAUGCUCCUCAGCCAGUUACCCAUGCUGCUGAGUCUGCUCAGCGGGGCCUGGCUGCCCACAGGCUCAGGGAGGCCCGGAGCCCCAGCUACCCCGGCUCAGUCCCGGGCUGCUGCCAAUCAGAGCUGGAAUCUGGGUCCUCUUGUGGCAGCCUCUGCCCUGGGUAGCUGGAAGGCCUUCCUGGACCUGCAGAACAAGCAGCAGCGGGCAGGUGAGCCGCAGAGAAGGCAGAAAGUGGCUGAUGCCGUGUCUUUGCCCCUGGUGCCUCAGGAAGUGCUCCAGGAGACUUGUAAGGCUCUACCUUUUGUUCAGGUGCUCUCCAGGCCUGGUUGCACCGCUGCCCGGGUCCUUAAUCAUCUCUGUUUCGGCCACUGUUCCUCCUUCUACGUUCCCAGCUCGGAUCCCGUCCCGGUAGUCCUCUGCAACAGCUGCGUGCCGGCUCGAAAGCGCUGGACAUCAGUAGCGCUGUGGUGUGGAGCCGGCAAGUCAGCCUCCCCUCGGCGGGUGAGGAUUUCCACCGUGCUGGUCCACAACUGUCAGUGUCGACCGAAGCUGUAAGCUGAGCAUCGUGGAGGAAUGUGUAGGACACGAACCUUGGAAAGAAGCAGGAGAAAGACGUGGCCUGAAUGAUGGACAUCAGGCCAAGAGAGCAGGGUUGGAAGGACAGAUGGACAGAUACGGAGAGUUCUCUCUCCCAGAACACUAGACAUGGUCACCCAGUCACGGGCUUAGACCACCAAUAGUCAUAGCAUGUGGGACAAGGGUGUAACCCAACCGGAGAGGGCUUGCCCAUCAUAGGUUACAUACUUAUAAAAUAUGUGGAGGAAAAAAGGUGAAAAUUAGCUAUAGUGUGUGAUUCCCAGGGCCCUGUGUGUGUGGGGACAUUUAUUUCACAGACACUAACAUCGUCCUCAAGAAUCAAGCCUCAGUAAUCCUGUAAGGUGGACUUUCACCACAGGUCAUUUUGCAGAUGAGGAAACAGAAGCCGUUGAGAUACUGUCACCUUUUUUGGGAGGAUGGCGAGUAAAGACACGGGCCUUGUGCACAGGCAGCACAGCUCGCUGCUGAGCCCCAGCCUGAGGUUCCGCUCCUCGCCGCUAGAUGGCACCACGUCUCUCUGUCUGCGCCAGACACUCCCAACUGCUAGGAUGACAGCACCACCCAAACCUGACACUCAGCAAAGAUGACCCCUUUCUAGGGACACCAGAAUAACAGCAGCAGCACAACAAAAAACUAUGGCAGGCAGGCGGGAAGCAGCUGCUGGGAAACCUGGCCCCAACCAGGGGCGACCCUGCGUGUGCUGCUUCUCUCACUGACAGUGGCUGGGUUUCCCUGUUGCCCCGCCAGAGGCCCCGCAGCAGCCCCACGCCCAGCCUGACAUUCCACGGGAAUCAUAAGGGUUGGCCAAGUCCAGCUGUGUGUGCGUCUCUCUGACUAGGGUUUCCUGGGCAGGGGGCUCCCUCUUGAGCCGGGGGGCAGGGGUGCGGCUGCCAGGCGGCCUAGCUCUGGGCGGCUGGAACCAGGGCUCUGGCAGAUGGGCCCGUCUGGCAGAGACUCAGAGACAUGUGGCAACGUCGCCUCCAAAUGCACCCCCCCCGUGCAGGGUGGAGGGAGCUGGUCAAGCGCCCCCCCCAGCCCCGAGUCCUUUUCCUGCUUCAGGAAGGAAGGCUCCAGGUGAGGGGAACACGAGGGCCCCCCACAAGGAAACAGAUGGGACAGCGCAGCGUGGGAGCUGCGACCCCUGACCUCACAGGCCUGAACAGAGGGGGUGGGAACCUGCCUGACUGCCAGCUCCCAAGAGCGUUCUAGAGGGAGGGGUCAUGGACCCCGGGGGGUGGGGGCGCCCUCCUGCCUAUCCCUAGAGCUUGGUGGCAAACCUCAUGCAGUGUCUGAGUUGGCAGCUCAGCCCAGGCACCCCUUUUCUGGCGGGCACAAGAUGCUUGCAGCCCUCUACCUCAGCUGUGCCCACCUCCUGCCAGCCUGGAGAGCCAGCUGGGAACCUUGGUGCCAGGGGGAGGCAGAGUCACUGCGCCCUCCCAGGCAGUGCCAGUCCGCUCCCGACGCUGCCCCCCAGUCCCAGUAAUGGGUGGGUAAUGAGUGCUGGGGGAGCGCGGUGGGGGAGGGGCGGGGAGGCAGGUGCCACAGGCUCUGGCACCGGGGGCCGCUAAUCAGGUUUGCCAACGCCAUCUGUCAUCGUGUGAGCAUCUGGGGCUCAAGGUGACCC